GCAAGAAGGGAACGGUCUACAGCGGGAAAUGGUUAUAAUUCACUCGCAGACAAGCCGUACAAUCGAGAAGGUCAUGUCGUUGUAGACGCGUCGUUUUCAAAACAUCAUCAUUAAAAUAUUACCUGAAAUUCAGUUUCAUAAUACGAUUUUACAGCAGUAUCAGUACAACGAUUUUGUGUAAUUGCAGAACGGUCUUAAUUUAUUAACAUAAACUCUAGUGAAAAGUGACUAUAAACUCAAUAUUCAUCAAAAAAGCAUAAAGUGCGAAUUUAACGGAUAUUUAAUUUAAAUUUCUCACAAGUUUAACGGAAUUAUACAUUGCGAUAACCUCAAAAUUCAAUAUUUUGGAAGCGGGUCAACGUAUUCCGUUGCCGACCUAUCUCAAUAUUUGAAACAGUUAGUUGGUCAUGGACAAUUAUUAUUCUCACAAGGUUAUUCGCUUUUGUAAGAGGUUUCUGUGUAAAUUAAACUAGAUUUUCAACGAGUAAUUAAUGGUAUCUAACUGAAAAAUAACAUGUCUGCAAAAAGGAAAGCAUCUGCGAUUAUACAACAUCAUAAGGAAUGGAAUCCUAUAAAAGAAAAUCUACCUACCCCGGAGUCGUCUGAAGGAAACGAUGAAGAUCAUUAUGGUGGAGCUGGGGCUAUGAAAGACAGCGACAAGCUCAAGUUGAUGCUAUUGGCGUGGAACUACCAUAAUAAUCAAGGACAUAGAAACGGAAAUAGUGAUAUACAGGAUGUAUCAUCUGUACCUGGUAGUGAGGAUAUGGUAGGAUUAUGGGCCCAAUACCAUUCAGCACUAGGGCUAGCAAAAGGAAAAGCCACACCACCCACAACAAGAGAUAAUUCAAGUCCUGUGAAUGCAGAAACGGGUUCAGCCCAUGAUGAAACAAGUUCAAGUGGUAAUAAGGAAGAUGAAGAUGAUGACGAUGAUGAAAGCGAUGAUAAAAUAGAUACGCAAACACAUGACCCAGAAAGACUGAAAGCAUUUAACAUGUUCGUAAGACUGUUUGUCGAUGAAAAUUUAGAUCGUAUGGUUCCUAUUAGUAAGCAACCCAAAGAAAAGAUCCAAGCCAUCAUCGAUUCGUGUACUAGGCAGUUUCCCGAAUUUGCCGAACGAGCAAGAAAAAGGAUUCGAACGUAUCUCAAGUCCUGUAGAAGAAAUAAAAGAGCCAGGGAUCCGAAUUCUUCUUGGGACGCAACUCGACCUACUCCUGCCCAUUUGACAUCCGUACAAGCCGAACAAAUCCUUGCUACAGCUUGUGAAAAUGAAAGCCAUAACGCGAAAAGAAUGCGAUUAGGAUUAGAACCAGUCAGUCAACCAAUGCCAGUAUUGCCAGGAUCACAAUCGACUGAUACAACGGCACCAAUCAACAGAGGUUUAGAUUUCUCGAACAAUAGUACACCAGUGAAAUUAGAAAACGACGUUAUAUCUACGAGUUUUUCAACAGCGAGCACUCCAUCAUCUACUCCAAAUUCUUCUAACAAAGUUUUACCCUCAACACCAGAAACUAAACCUACAACAUUGAGUGUAACGAAUGCCGGCGUAUUGGGUACAAUAGGAAUGAAUGGGAUAGGGAUAUCUAGUACGGCGUCAGCAGCUCCAACAGCAAUGUACAGACCUAAUUUUACGCAAGCGUUUCAAAGAACAGGACCGUAUCCUCUUUUUCCAGGAUCUACACCUUUUACCGCAUCUGGAACACUUCUUACUAACGGUCCGGCGGAUUUGAGCAUGAAACAAAAGCCUUUGUUAAAUCACAAAUUGAAUGCCGGUGAAAUGACUGCUGUACGGCAACUAAUCACCGGAUAUCGUGAAUCUGCUGCAUUUUUACUUCGAUCUGCAGACGAAUUAGAACAACUCUUAAUCCAACAACAGUAGUAUAUUUCAAAGUUGAAAUCAUAAUCUGACAAAACAAAGCAGAAACUAUACAUAUAGAAUUUGAAACGUUCAACUUUUUUCUUCUAGACUAAAUUAUUUAUUUGCACAUAUACUUUUCAUAGAAAUACCAAAGUUUAUGGUGAAAGGUACACAAAAAUAUACAAAUUGUCCUUGUAGUAGUACAAUGAAUUUAUACUAAAUAAUAAUUUCUUCACAUUGUUUAAAUGGUUGAUUUCAAGUGAAAUAAUUCGAGUUCGAGUUCAAAUUGAUUCAUUAACUGUCAAAAUAUACCAACAAAAAGUUUCAGUUUGAUUAUUAUAGUAUUUUUAAAUUGAGUGAUUUCUUUAACUCCAGCUAUCUCUUGGUAUGUUACAAAGCAGAGGUGUAAUUAUGAGAAUUUAAAAUAUUUUUCUCGCGCCUAUUUUUUAGUUAGAUCGAUCUUUAUCGAUUGUUAAUAUAUGUGCUGUACCUAAGAACCAGACGAACGUAAGUCCAUUUAUUACAAUUUUCUGGUUAAUACACCAUUGUAUGUAGAAUUUGGUUUUACAUUAAGCCAUAUCAACUUAAGUCCUCUGAAAAAUCCCCUUUUGUAUUUUGAAAGGGCUGUAAGAACCUAAGUCCUCACCUAUGAUUGAGCCAAACGAACGUAAAUCAACUUAGGUUCUUGUGGCUCUAAAGCUAUUUAAAUACAGUAAAACGCAAGUCCAUAGCUGGACUUACGUUAGACUGGCUGCAAUGUUCAUCGGGCAAGGCAUACUCUUAUCUUCUUGGCGCCGUUUUUCUGUGUAUUAAAAAAUCUGCUGUGUCACACUCUUGUUUACUUGUUGAUUUGAUAACCUAUUGCUCUUUCAAUAUACAUAAACUUUUAAAUAUUACAAAGGAACCGAGUCCAGCUCCUUCACUUACAGAACUAAGGGUGAGGAUUAUUGAUUUAUUAUAUUAGAUUUACACAAACCAGCGGGUCUAUUCCAAAGUGUUCAAUGAAGACUUUAACUUAUCUUUCCACUUGCCAGACAAUGACACUUGCGAUGUUUGUGACGAACUGACUGCCAAAUUAAAAGUGAAAAAAAUGAUGCAAAACUUAAUGAGCUCAAAUUACAAAAAGGAAAUCACCUGAAAGAAGCUUCACUUAGGUAUGUACUAAAGAGAGAAGACAAGGUAAAAGCUUAUGCUACUGAAGGCUUUAGAGUUGUUAUGUAUGAUUUCCAAAAGUGCCUUCCAACUCCAGAUUUGAAGAAUUCCCAAAACUUUUAUUCAAGAAAACUUUGGACAUUAAAUAGCACAUUUUAUGACGCCACCGUGGAUAAUACUUCGUAUAUGAUCAGAGAUGAAAAUACAGCCGGUCGAGGAGGGAAAGAAAUUGCAUCCUGUUUAUUUACUUGGUCAUAUGAGGAACUUUAGAACUCCUGAGGAACCUGUUGAAAACUUAACAGUCUGCACAGAUAACUGUAGUAGCCAGAACAGAAAUAUCAACAUGGUUUUUAUGUAUUUAUGUCUGUUGGAAAAGGUUCUGACACAGCAGGCAUAGUGUGAUCGAAAGAGCGAAAAAAAAAUUAAAAACCACACUAUUUUUACUACAAAUGACUGGAAUAAUUUUAUUGCUUUAUGCUCUAAUAAGGACCCAAUCGUUGUGAGAAGGAUGCUUCUCAAAGACUUCUUAGACUUUCUUCACUUGAUGAAUAAAGACGCCCCAUUUACUUCAAGGAAGAAAAAUGCCGAAAAUGACUCAUUUUUAAUAUCACAUGCAGUCUGGUUACAGCUUCGUAAAGGAGAUACUAAACUGUAUUACAAAACCAGCUUUACUAAUGAUACCUUCUAAACUGUUGUUCUUAAAAGAAAGCGGAGGGAAAAAGGGAUUGUAUUACAAGCGUCAAUCCCACCAAUGAUAUUAACUAAAACAGAUAAGUAGUGAAGAAUACAGAGACCUUAUUAACUUAUUGCAGUGGGUUCCUGAGGAAUACAGAUCGAUCUUUAAAAAUAUUCCACAUAGGGAAAAUUAAAGGAACUUUCCUGAGGAUGACUCAACUGCACUAGAUUAAUAGUUUGGUCAUCUAUGGGUUACCCUUUAAGAACAAAAAGCAUUUUGUAUAUUUAAUUUUUUAAAAGAUUUAUUUGAAUAGAUAUUAAAAAUGAUUGCUGUGAAGUGUUUAUAAACAUACCUUGUCACAGUGUUAAGUCUUAAAACGAUUUUAUAAGUGCAGUUAAAAAAACGUAAGUCCAGUCCUUAAAUAAGUCGUUGAUUCUAAACGAAAUACCUAUGUAUGGGUUAAAUAUAUACAAAUUUAAUAAUUCCAAUAAUUUUUUGCUGAUUCAAUUAUCAGCUCUGCAGCCAUUCCAAGAGUUCAAUUCUUAUACUUUUGGUGCCCUCCUGAAAAGUUACUCUAGUGUGACUUACGUUAGUCUUGUCCUGAGGUACAGUGUUUGCUCUAGCAACAUAUUAUCCUUGUUAGUAUAUUGAACUUCUUACAUAUGCGUAAAUGAAAUUUCUAACUAAUUGUAAAAACACCUCAAUGAAAUGCUCAGUUUAUAAAUACCUUGCUCAACUAAAUCGUCUUCUUGUCGGAAAAUAUGGAUUUAUCCAAUGGAAAAUGAACAACUUGGUAAUCUGUGUUAUAUCCCAACAUCUAUACAUCUUUAUAUUGGAUUAGAAUAUUAAUUGGAUUUUCACUGCCUUAAACUAUGUAUUCAUCUAGUUGAUCUAUCACAAUCUCAAUCCAAUUAUAUAGCUUUGAGAUAUUUUAUGAUUCAGUUUAACCAUAAAGUCGAGGUUGUUGAAGUGGUUGUUUUUAUUGUUGGAGUUUCCGCUUCAUACGAGUUUUAUUUUGUCGUCUUGAUGUACCCUUUUACUAGAUUGCUAUUCCCGAAUAACUCUUUGCUGGCUCUAUUCUAUAGUGACCUGAACUCUGCUUAAGCGUCGACACAUACAUUUUUCUUAUUAUUUGUUACCAGUGUAUUUUUUAUUUCUUGUGAUCAAUCAGUCUUUCUUUUUGUAAUUCCAACAAAACUGAAUUAAAAAAUUAUAAACCAGGAGAAUGGUUAGAAUAUAAUGAAAACACAAAAAUUUCAGAAAAAAUUAAUUUAUUUUUCAACGUAACUCUUUUUAGCUUUUCUCAGAUGUUUAAUGAGUUCGAUACCCUUUUUAUGAUAAGAAUCGUCAAGUUCCUAAAAAUAGUCAUCAACUGUCGUCUUCAAUGUUGGAAAAUCUUUGACCACCGAGCCAUUUUUUCAAGUCUGGGAACAGCAAAAACCCGAGGGGUCUAAAUCCAGCGAAUAGGGUACAUGAAGUAGCAAUCCAAACUUUAAUUCAUUAUUUUUUGUCAAUGCUAUUACGGAUGUGUGAGCUGGUAUAUGGUCUUGAUGAAACAAUACUCUCUUCUUAGUCAAAUGUGGCCGUUUUUGCUUGAUUUAUUCGCUAAAACGUUGUAAUAAGUUCGCAUAAUACUCGCCGUUACCAAUUUCUCCUUUUUCAAGAUGGUCAAUGGAAAUUAUCUUAUAAAACGCUUUCUUUAGAGUCGGUUUUCCUUUUUCAGUCCAUAGUUUUGAUUGUUCUUUUAGUUUCGGGUGGGAAGUGAUGGACACACGUUUCAUCCAUGGUUAUGAAACGGCGUAAAAAUUCGGCUUUAUUUCUGUGAAACAGUGUCAUACACUCGAUGGAAACAUUUCUGGAAUCGUCACCUCAUUUAGUCGAUCACUACGACGCUGGUCUUCGCAGGCCGUAUGGCCUCGCUCAAGCUCUGCUACCCAUUAUUUUACUGUUGACAAUGACGAAGCCGUCUCACCUAGGAUAACAUCUUGUUCAGCUUUCAUAUUGGUUCGGCUAAGGACUUUCAAGUAAAAUUAUUGUAUCACAUUUUUACCAUGUUUACAAAUUCACUCUAAACGUUCACUAUUGAUAGUUGUAGUUGCGAAACAACGUGGCGUCUUCAAACUUUAAACAUUGUAUAGAUUGUGUACUUUUUAAUAAUGGUAUUUUUCAAGCAAUCACCGCCAUCUCUAGGUCAGGCCAAGUACUACACUUUUUAACAAGAGAUUAUUGUAAACUUGAAGAAAAACUAGUAUGUCACUCGGAGCAGAAGACCCAUUAUAUGUUUCGCCCAGUUUGCACAGCCUCGGCUAACGCCUCGACGAGGGCUCAACAAUAAUUAUAGCCUUCUACUCCAAGUAACAUAAUGAACUAUUCUCCUUAUUUUAUUUGAACAAAGUUCUAGUUUAUCGAUAGUCUAAAAUAUCUAUAUGAAUAGUUUCUCUUAAAUAAGCCAUAAAACAGAACGAGAUAGAAGAAGAUAUAGAAGAAACCUUAAUUAAAGGAGUGUUGAAUGUCCUUAAAAUAAUAAUAGUAAAAAAUUAUUUUUUUACUGUAUUGUUUAAUGAAAGAAUUUCUGAGAUCCGAUUUUUCGGAUAAUGAUUUCAGUUAUUUUGAACUGAAAAUUUAAUCAUGGAGCUAUUUUUGAAAAUAUGAGUAUCAAAACAUGAGUGUUCUAUUGUAAUGGUUAUUCUUCGGUUAAAUCAUCAUGGUAACUAGUCUCGCAAUUACGCGUAUGUUAUUUUAAAGCAUGAUUUCUAGUCAACGGGCAACGUGUAAUUUAAAAGAAAUUAUCAAAAGUACGUAAUUUGUAAAUAUGUUGACAUUAUUUCAGCCUAACUAGCUGUAUAUUUGAAAUAAUAAACGGUAGUCACAAAUUAGUUGACUCAAAUGAAAUUAAGCAAGCAAAUCAAGUACUUUCUGAAGAGUACCAUUUUGCACCGAUUCAUUAAAUGAAUUUCAAUUUUUAACUAUCCUAAUUGCAAAUUCUUAAUCUACAAAUAGAAGACGAUUAUCAAUAUUUAUUCAAGUAAAUUUAAAAAAGAUUUUUUCAGGAAUAUAGAAUCCAAUCAAAAAUAUAUAAAUUCUUAUACACUCUUAGAAAAGUUGAACAAAAAAUUGCUCUCUACAUCCAAUUAUUCAUAUUUACUACUUGAAAUGCUUUUAUACUAAUUGAAUUUAAUAAUUGAUUGACAUGAUGUAAUAUUGAAAGUUACACAGAAUUUUGAUUUAAACAAAUUUAGAAAAUUUCAAACAUAAAAUUCACCUAUUGAUUCAGAAUUCUGCCAAAUGGCUGUCAAAUUUUCAUUAACUUUUUAUUAAUAUUCUAAAAAAGACAGUGUUUUAAUAGAUGGUUAGGAAAUUAUUUCACUCAUCAAUGAUUUUUAAAAUGAUCUUCAAGUGGAGAAAAUAUAUUCUCAGUAACGUUAAUAUUUAGUAAAAGAACUGAAUUACAUUAAGCACAGAAUUAACCAAUUAUGAAAUUGAAUAUAAAAAUUUAUCUUAGUAAAAAUACCCAAAAUUGUAUACUAUAGAUUUUAGAUCCUCAGUGCUCACUUAUAUAUCUCAGUUCUUGAGGAGGAAUUUUUACACAAACUGAUUUAUUGCACAAUUUUCGUUUCUGUUCUUCAGCUCGGUUUAAAUUUUAUUUGUAAACAAAAAAAUGAAUAAAUAAACAUAACAGAUGAGUAAAUUGACUAAUACACAUUUGAGCAAUAAAUUAUUGAUUAUUGUUAACCAUAGAUAAAAUCAGAAUAGACUGCUCAUUCAAUGAAACUCCUGUUCUAAUAUGAGAACGAGAUACAAAGAAAGUUGCGGUAUAGUUAUCUCUGUCAAAUGCUAGAUUUGUUUGUUCUAAUCUCUUAUAUUAUACUUCUCUCUCUUUCCACUACCUUAUCUCAUUUUACUAAUCAUUGCAGAUAUAUCUAUCUUAGAUCAGGGAAUAUUCCUUUCUUAAGAUAUCACAAUUAAUCUAAUUCAUUUACUCCAAAGAAACUGGUUAACACAUUUGAUAAUAUAAAGGCUUUUCGGAAAUUAUGAUUCUGUAUCAAGUAGAUCAGUUGUUAGCUGAUUGUAUAACGAAAUUUUCAUUAAAGUUUCUGAACAACGCGUUUCCUUUUUAGUGGACAUUUGAAACCAAACCUUAAAAAACCUUUUCUUUCCAUUACUUCACUUCCAUGCGUUAAUUUAUAAAUUAACCUAUAUUUCAUUUGUGUUUAUAGACAUUAAUUCAGAUGUUCAAAAAAUUUCAACUGUUUAAAUAAUUAUUAAUGAUUAUUUUACAACAAAUUUUCAGACUAGAAAGUUUUUAUGUCGAAAAGCCAAAAAAAAUACAACAAUCUUAAGCUUCAGUAGCCUCUCAAUCACAAUAUUCAUAAGGUUUAAGCGAAAAUAACCACGUAAGGGAGAUUGACAACUAUAAAAUUGAAAAAAAACCGACAGCUGAUCGUAUUUACCCCAUAGAGUUGAUAUUAAAGAUAGAGAGAGCAUGCUUAAGUGGGCCUGAACUACUGAUAGAGAGAGAAUGAACAUUGAAAUGCCACUAUAUACCUCUAUCAACUCUAUUCUAAUUGCAUUUCCGUGACGGAGUGGUGGGAAAGACAAAAUAAGAGAAUAAUGAAUUUUGAUUUAAACAGUAGAUAAGGGUACUUAUUUCGGAACUCUAAUUUUAUGAACAAUCUUUCCAGAAAAACUCAUGAAAAGUGGUAGAAAUUCUUUAUUAGGAAAUGAAAAAACAAAAUGUAAAUAAAAUAUUAAUAUAAAAAUAAAUGCAAAUGUCUCCGCGGUGUACACAUUGUCCACAAUAAGUUGUUAUCAUCCGUCAUUUUUGAUUCAAAAUUAGUGAAUGUAUUAACACCACCUUUAGUUUCAUUACAUACUGAACAAUCGCAGGUUUUCCUGUUUCUUUUGAAAUUCAACCUCCCUGAUGCAUUGUAGACAGUAGCAGUAUAACUUUCUGCUUUCUAGGCACGUACAAAAGUAAUACCUUCUCCUGAUCAUAACAGAACAUGUAUUUGCACUUCGCUGUCUUGUAGCGAGCAUUUCUUGUGGUAUUCCCCUUUUAUUUUUCAAGAGCGCUCCAAUUAUUGUUAGUAUAUAUGGAUCUUGGAGUAGUUCAUCAGCCAAACUAACUGAAGUAAAGCAAGUGGCAAACCAUUUGUACUGGUCUUUUUUCCUAAAUACGGACUUGCAUCUACCAUAUAACAUGUCGAGGAGUCGUAUAACAAAAAACAAUUUUUAUACCAUACUUUGCAGUUUAUUCGGAAUGUACAAGCGGAAUGGGCAUCGUCCACGAAAUCCCAGGACUUGUUCGUCAAUGGUUAGGUAAGAUGAGGGUGUAUAUGAUCAUCUGCUAGAUUCAAUGAAAAUUUCCCAUAUCUUACGAACAGGAGCAAAAGGAUUAUUCAUUUUGAUUUCCUGUCUUAUUUCUCUUGAAUCAAACCUCAAACAAUUCAGCAAAAACACAAAUCUAUCACAAUUCAUGCAGGCUCUGAAAGGGGAACCAGAAAUUGUGGUAUGUAUCAAAUAUAUGCCUGCCAGAUAGAUGGUUGUCUUUUUUGGCAGCAGAGAGGAUCAAAAUUGCAAUCAGGACUAGCAAUUCUUCUUUAGUGGUAGGUGAUACAUGGUUAUUCUCAGUGAAAUUUUGCUUUUCCAGUAAUAUUUCUACAAUUGUGUGAAGAAAUAUACUAAGAAUCGUGAAAAAAUAUGUUCCAGUACCACAUAUUGCUUUGCCUCGCCUUUCGAACCAGAUACAAAAUGGAUAAACCUUGAAGCAGUUCACCUGCACAUCGGCGUCGUCCAUAUUGUCUCCCGAAGUGGUAAUUUCUUGUCCAUCGAUAAGCCAAUUUCAUCGAGAGACUAUUUAUCAGUUGAAUCAUCUAAAUCUUUUAUCCAUUCAAUUUCAAGAUUAUCUUCUUCGUAGUCACUAGCCAUUCUGCUGAAACGACAUAUCUUCAAAACAUCAUAAGUGACGAAUAAGACGAAUAAAGUACAAAAAUCUGCGAUUCAAUUGACAAUAAUGCGAUGUUUCAAACACUGGAGUCUAGUUACCAAUUAAAGAAGAAGGUACUGAGAGUCUCGCCCCGUUGCGGUAACCGGAAACAAACGAAAUAUCAAGAUAACUAUUUACCAUCGUAAAUUUUACGAAUGUCCGGUUAACUAGGGUUAAUAACUAGUAGAGAGAGAGCUGUAAACCAUUGCUUUUUCUGUCUCUUCGAAUAGUACAAUUCCCGGCUGGACUCUAUAUUUAAUACUAACUCUAUGGCUUACUAGGUAAAAAGGAUCAUAGUUUCCGAAAAUUUCUAAAGAUUGUCGAGAGCUUCAGUGGAAUCAAGAAACGACUACUGUAAGUCUAGUAGUGUUAGUUUCAUUUAAUUUGGCAAAUCUUUCAUUUAAGUGAGUUAAUAGCGCUAGAUACCAACAAACUGUGUGAUCAUGGAAAAUUGAACUACACAAAAAAGAAUCAGAUCUAUAAAAUUUUACUGGAGGUAGGAUGGGUCUACUUAAUUGUAGUUCACAGUGAAAUUGAAGCGUUUCUAAGUUUCUAAAUUAACCAAUAAUAAUAUUUUGCAAGGUAGUCAGGGAAGUUUAUAAAGGCUGAAACUACUUCUACUCAUUUAAUUAGUGUACAAAAUUAUUAUCAAAACCUAAUAGAAUUUGUGUGACUUGAAAAUUUGAUACAUAUUCGCAAAAAUGGACUUUCAAAUCUUACGUGCGUCUAGCUACUUUAGUUUUUUAAUUUUUUGGACUCAGAUGCUCCUUUUUUAAUAAUAGAGUGGUGUAUAACUCUGUAUAUAGUUACUAAAAAUAUAUAUGUACGUAUUCAGCUACUAGUUUUUAGAUUAUACGGCAUAACACUAAAAAUGUACAAAUGUUUUUUAAAUAUGUAAAAUAUUUAUUUAUCGAAAAUAUAAAAAAUUUAAACUACUUUAUUACAGGGGAUAUUUUAUUAUAUUUGAUAUGAUCGUUAUGAAUUUAUUAUAAUUCAGUGUACCAAAGAAAAACAAAAAAUAUUGUGUAUAUACUCCAAAAAAGUCGGCGAAAUUUUCGUACAAAUUUUUCAUUCUUAUUUCUGAACUAGUUUGUUCAUGUAGAAGCCGAAAAAUUAAGAAAAACUAGUAAAGUUAGACGUUUCUCAAUCAACAUCUGUUGUAUUUUUUUUACGUGGAACUACUAACAGGAAACAAUUAUAAUUUUAGUUCUAGUAUUCUAUUUCAUCCAACAAUGUAGACAUAUUGUUUCCUCUUAAUAUUAAAAAAAAAUUUUUCAGUAUUUCUAUAUCAUAGGAUAAUAUUAUUGAUUUAACGUUGUCGUGUUUUUAUUCUUUUAACUUUACCAGUUUUUGCUGAGCCAGUUGACUUAUUAAAUCGAUGUGAUGAGGAUUGUACAGGGUGUUUUAUUCAAAUGUGUUUAGAUUAAGUUACGCACUAUAAUACAUGGGCUUUUUCCAAAAAUGUAAUAUGUCACUUUUACUUGUAACUAAAUUUUUUCUUCUUCCAAACAAAAAUUCGUGUUUGUUAAGAUCUCGAAUGAGAUUGUAAUAAUUCAGAUUAAAUAAACAUACUUCCAAUAGAAUAUUCUACUUUUGCUUACCAACUUGCUACAAUAAACUAAUCCAAAUAUUUAAAAAAAUUCCACCAAAACAAUACAAAAGGUUUGUUUUUUGUUAGAAAGCUGAAGCUAAAUCAAAACUGGGCCACUAUAAGAAAUUAGUGCUCAAAAUUAUGAAUCGAUAACUUUGCUAAUGUUAAUACAUUUAGGAAUAAAAUCGUGAAAAAAACCAUUGCACUUUAUCAGAAAUAGACCCGAAUUACACUCUUCUGGUUUAAUAUUAAAAACUUACUGUAGAAUAUGAUAAAGGAGCCUCUUAAACCUUAUAAUUCUUAUUAAAAAAGGUUACUUCUAACAUACUUGUUGCAUUAAACAACUUAGUAGCUUCUAAACAAUUUCUCACCUUAAUCAACUUUCAAUAAUAUACUUUUUUCUCCUAAAUCGUAUAAAAUCCAAGUUUCUUGCGGAGUAGAAACCCUAACUAGUUGACGUUGGCUGAUAAUGUGGAUUUCUAUCUCCUCUUACUAAAAGUACCGAGUAUCACGGAAACGAAUUAACAUCACUUCAUAGUACUGAUAUUUGUCCCCCCAUUGUUGAUAUCCGUAAUCAAUUUUACACCAUUUCUUCUUUCUUCACCAACAAUAUCUUCGUCAUCAAUCGUUAAUGUACAGAAAACGACCUCUUCUGACCUUCGAGGCACUAGCCUCUUAUUUCAAAUCCACGCGGAGAAGUUCGCCCGGACAAAACUCGCAAAUUUGAUUGUUUCCGCUUUUCCUACGAUAGAAGUACGUAAAUCCAGAAAGGAACUGUGUAAGGUAGUACUCUAACUUCCAAUGUUUCUGUAAGAUUCUGUUACACACUCACCCAAUAAGCCUAUGAGUUUGUUGCUCGGUUUACGUAUAUUCUCAGAGCUCUUGCUACAGCAGAAAGGAUCAUCAAAAAUCACCCGCAGUUCCGUUUUCUUUCAGACUUCCACAAAUAAAUUGGAAUUUCUGGAACCGUUGGUGAUAUUCAUACUAAAUACACCACGACUACACCAACACUCACAAUCAGAUUGUCUGGCGCGCUAUUCGAUAACCAAGUUAUCGUCUUCAGAGAGUUCUUUAAAGCCUACUCUAUAGUUUAGUAGAUUUAGAAGGAAUAAAUGUGAAGAUUCCCGUUAAGGAGGUUUUUCCCGCUGGAACUAAUUUCAAAUUUAGUAUAAAACAGGAAGGUCAAGUCAUUAGGUUUUAGUUUACCUUCAGUCUCUGAAGACAAUAAUUUGAUUAUCGAAACGCGCGUUAGACAUGGUAAUUGCGAGUCUUGGUGUAGUGGUGGUGUAAGGAGUGACUUCAUGAGACAUCCAUAGAGCAAAAUCGAUUUACUAAGAGAACUCAUCUUUGGCUGCUCCUCCUACAUUGGGCAUUAACUGAAUGAUAAAUUUCAUCAAGUGCUCUUAAAAAAGUGCAGUUCUUCAGAAUUCAUGCAGGGACUAGUAAAAAUAACAUUUUUUAGAUACAUUUCAUUUCAAGAUAGUUUAUUUGAGGAGUGAUACAAUCAGUCCAACGCUAUUGUAACCUUUCUAUUCUUGUUUCACAUCAACCUAGCUAUGAUUUUCUCAUUAGGUUGAUAUUUCUUUCCUUUAAGUAUUAUUUCCAUGUCUGUAACAGCCUCCAUUUACUAGGGACCAGAUCUGUAGAAGUAAUUCGAAGUUCCAUCCACUGAAUUUGACCAUUGGCUUAAUGGACUUGUGACAAGGUGCAAAGAAAAAUUUUCUUAUAUCAAAUUUCUUAUUAUAUUUUACACCUCAAAUCGCUUCUUGGAACAAAUUGAAAAUAGUUGACAAUUAAUUUAUGCUGUGGUUUUAUUCACUGAUGUUUACGCACUUGCGCUAGAUAUAUAAACCUUCAUUUUGAUAAUGUUCUCUAUAAUCAAUAAAAUUACAAAAAACAAACAUUUCGAUAACGACCUUCCUUGUAUUCCUAAAAUAAGGUAUACAUCAAAUUUUUGAAAGAUGAAGCAACGGUCGUAAAACUAUGUACAGAUCAAAAUUUACGACACUCUGUACAUUUUGAUUUCAAAUUAUGUAAUAGAUCAGUAUCUGCAAAUGAAUUUUAUUUAUAUUGAUGUACAUAAGUAAAGACCAGGUGUAACAAAUUUCUGUCUAUGUUUUUGGAUAGCAUACCUGUGUCUGUAACUGAAUUCUGUAUAAAAGAACAUUAAAAUAAAAUGCAAAAUUAUCAAUAUUUUCAACUAUACCGAAUUGUAAUUGGAUCUGAAUCCACUGCCAGAAGAUGUAUUAAUAAAAUGUCC